AUGAAUCCUUUUAGGGAUGAUUCCAUUAGAGAUGAAUCAUUCCCGAAAAUUGCUUGCAUGAUGUGGGCAGUCUGGAACAGCAGAAACUCGUUUGUUCAUGAAGGAAAAGUUGAAAAACCAACAUCAAUUUUGGCAGAAGCAAAGGCGAUGUUACCAAUACAGCACAACCAAUCACAUCUUCUGAAGAUUUCUAUCAUCACCCAAACAACUGAGAUCUCUGCUUGGAUACCUCCGCCUUUAGAUUGGAUUAAAAUCAAUUGUGAUCGGGCUUGGGAUCUAUGUUCAGUGAAUGGAGGAGGGAUGUUCGUCAUUAGAGAUUCUACACACCAAUUCAUUCUGGCAGAGGCAAUUUAUUCUUCUCGUGAAUCUGCAGAGGAGGCAAAGAUAAGAACGAUCAAAGAAGCAAUGAAGAAAUCUUGGGAGAGAAAAUAUCAACAACUGGUGAUUGAGGGUGACGCAGAAGGAGUUAUACAGAGGAUUAAUCAAAGGGAUUUUUGCGGAAACCUAAGAACCCAAGCAGUGUUAUCUGAUAUUGAAUUUCUAAUCUCUAAAUUUAAGAAAAUUCUCUUAACUUUUGUUAACCGCAUUUACAAUAGAGUUGCCCACCGUGUAGCCCAAUGGGCAAAAAAGAACCACACAUGUAUAGCUUAG